AUGGAGGAAGACCGCCUAGCCACGAACCUUGGGCCGGACAUCGACGAGGGGAUCACCGAGGAGCCGGCGGUCGUGCCCAAGCAGCCCAAGAGGAGGUUUGUGGGGAGAAAGACGGCCGAGAAGAGCGGCGAGCAGGCCGUCGACCCCAAUGCGAACAUCGAGGACUCGAGCGCAAUCCAAGUGGCCCAGCCUCGCCGCACUGCCCGGGCCCUGAACGCCAUCCCGGACUCGAUCCUGCACGACAAAGACAUCAACGAUGCCAUCGCCCUGCUGCCGCCCAACUACAGCUUCGAGAUCCACAAAUGCAUACACCGCAUACGCACAUCCGGCGCGACGUCAGUGGCACUGCAGUUCCCCGAGGGGCUGCUGCUCUUCGCCACGACCAUCUCCGACAUCCUCACGCAGUUCUGCCCCGGCAUCUCCACGCUGAUCAUGGGCGACGUCACGUACGGCGCAUGCUGCAUCGACGACUACACGGCAAGAGCGCUUGGCUGCGACCUCUUGAUCCACUACGCGCACAGCUGUCUGAUCCCCGUCGCCGUGACCAAGAUCGCCACCCUGUACGUCUUCGUCUCCAUCAGCAUCGACACCACGCACCUCAUCAACACCAUCGUCGACAACUUCCCCGCCGGUAAGAGCAUCGCCCUGGUCGGCACCAUCCAGUUCAACGCCACCAUCCACGGCAUCGUGUCCAUCCUGCGCCGCGAAGGCUACAACCCCAUCGUGCCGCAAAUCGCGCCGCUGUCCAAGGGCGAGAUCCUGGGCUGCACAUCACCCUCCAUGGCCAUCCAGCCCGGGCAGCUCAACGCGCGCGGCAAGGAGGAACCCGUCGCCGACAUGAUCCUCUACCUCGGCGACGGCCGCUUCCACCUCGAGAGCGCCAUGAUCGCCAACCCGUCGCUCCCCGCCUACCGCUACGACCCGUACUCGCGGCGCCUGACGCACGAAACCUACGAGCACGACUCGCUGUACGACCUGCGCCGCGCCGCGAUCCGCACCGCGCAGACGGCGCGCUCGUGGGGCAUCAUCCUCGGCGCGCUGGGCCGCCAGGGCAACCCGCACACGCUGCGCCUGAUCGAGGCCGAGCUGCAGCGCCAGGGCAUCCCGUGCAUCACGCUGCUGCUGUCGGAGAUCUUCCCGGGCAAGCUGGCCAUGAUGCCCGGCGUCGAGGCCUGGGUGCAGAUUGCGUGCCCGCGGUUGAGUAUCGACUGGGGCUAUGCGUUUGCGCGGCCGCUGCUGAGCCCGUACGAGGCGCUGGUCGCGCUGGGCGUGCGCGGCGCGCCGUGGCUGGACGAGGAGGGCGUGCAGGGCGCGCGGAAGAAUUUGUAUCCCAUGGACUUUUAUGCGAGGGAGGGGCUGGGCCGGACGACGGCGGAGCAUGUCCGGGCUGCGGAGGUGGGGGCGUAG